GUAAAGCGCAUCUAAUAGCAAUGAAUCGGGUUCCAUACUAUGUCUCGGUGCUUUUAAAUGGCAUUGUGCUAUUUGAAUUAUUGUCAUUCAACGGCGAAGCACUGGCCCAACAGCAAUCUCAACUGCCGCAGGAAUGCGGCAAAUUGAAUGAAACAUUAUUCUAUAAUGGACAAACGGAAACAGCUUUAAACGAAUAUCCUUGGCUAGGACUCUUGGGAUAUAAGGAAGGCAAUUCUGCGAUUAGCUACGAUUGCGUUGCAGUACUAAUUAGUCAGAGGUAUAUAAUAGUGCCAGCCCAUUGCAUUACGUAUUCCAAAGCUAAUGCUCUAUCAGUCGUUUUUGGCAAACCGCUGACUCCAUCAGAAAAAGUCUACUAUUUGGAAGAGAUAGUUCCACAUUUUCAAUACAAUCAGAAUACUUAUAUGAAUGACAUCGGAUUGGCCAAAUUAAAAGAAAAUGUUGAGUUUUCGGAUUAUGUGCAACCGAUUUGUUUGGCACCUUCUAAUGGGCAGACUGAUCAGUAUAUAGGACAGCGUCUGGAAUUAGCUGGUUACGUUCAUAAUCAAGAAAGAGUGUUCAUAAACACUCGCAUAAAGGCAUUUGUUCACUCGCCAAGUUAUGAAUAUUGCAACGAACACAGAAUAAUUCGUAGUUUUGACUCCUCGAACAAGUCCCAAAUGUGUGCCUAUAUAUUAGGUGGACGAGCAUUUCGCUCUGGAUCAGCUGUAAUGGGUGUAAAUUUGAUCGAUGGCCAACCAAAAAGUUUUUAUUUAAUCGGAAUUCUAUCAUUUGGUGAAAUCAAGGAUCACCACCCAGUUUUGAAUCGUCCCAUGUGGUUUCAACGUAUCGCACCUUUCAGAGAUUUAAUUAUACAGAAUAUGAUUUGAUUUAUUUGAAUUUAAAUAUAAAAUGAUUCGAAUUAUGAUUAAAAGUAUUGCAUUAUAACUCCCUGAGUGUAUUCACAAUUUGAAUAAUAAAUUGGUUUCCAUUGGUAA